UAAUCACCAUAAACAGACCUUUCAUUCCUCUGAAUCUGACCUCAUAAACCAGUCAGAUUCACCCUCUAAAAUCUACUCAUUCCAAUCCUCCAUAAAUUCACCAUCUUUCUCUCUCCUCUCCUUCUUUCUCUCCAACACAAAGAAAUGGCGACUUCUUCGGACAAGAACGGGACCAACCCGGCUCUUGACCCGGACUUGGACUCCCCGGGCGACCCGGCUCACGAGUUGGCUCAGUUCGGAGCUGGGUGCUUCUGGGGCGUGGAGCUCACGUUCCAGCGAGUGGUCGGCGUCGUCAAGACCGAGGUUGGCUACUCGCAGGGCCACGCGCCGGACCCGAAUUACAAACUGGUUUGCUCUGGAUCCACCAACCACGUCGAGGUGAUUCGGGUCGAGUUCGACCCGAAAGUUUGUCCUUACACUCAUCUCCUCUCUGUUUUCUGGGGUCGCCAUGAUCCCACGACUCUCAAUCGCCAGGGUGGUGAUGUUGGGGCUCAAUAUAGAUCAGGAAUAUACUACUACAAUGAAACUCAAGCUCGUUUAGCUCAGCAAUCAAAGGAAGCUAAGCAGUUGGAGUUGAAGGAUAAGAAGAUAGUGACAGAAAUUCUUCCAGCAAAGAGAUUCUACAGAGCUGAGGAGUACCAUCAGCAGUAUCUUGAGAAGGGUGGCGGCCAAGGCCGGAACCAAUCCGCCGAGAAGGGCUGCACUGAUCCCAUCAGAUGCUAUGGCUAGGGCUAAGGCUAACCUAAAUAAAAAUAAAACAAAUAAAAAGCUUGCAUGUUUGGAACAUAAAUUCCAUCAGUUGUGUAAUCCGUGUUAUGUGCACUAAUUAUGUAUGCAUAAUUUGGAGUCUAUCCUUGUUUUAAGGCCUCUUUUGUGUAUUACUUUCUUGUUAAUAAAUGCCAACCUUUGAUAUCGAUA